GAUUUGGCAAACCAAUAUCAUGUUGAUAGGUCAACAAUAAGCAAUAUAUUGCGGGAUAAAGAUAAAUAUCUUCAAUUAUAUAAUACUACUCCUCAUGCACAACAACGUGUUCGCGUACAAAAAGGACAGUUUCACAUUAUUGAUGAGGCUGUAUAUAAGUUGUUUUUAGAAUUUCGUUCUCAGAAUGUUCCUGUUUCUCAGGAUAUACUCAAAACCAAAGCACUUUCUAUAUAUGAACAUCUUAAAGAUGGUGGUGUAGAAUUUCCAUCUACAUUUAAUGCAUCUAAUGGUUGGGUAUUUGGAUUUCAGCAGCGAUUUGGUAUUAGUUCCAAGACCAUAUCUGGUGAAAGCGAAUCAGCUGAUAAGGCUGCAGUUGAAAGUACACGAAAAUUUAAACCAUUCAUAAUUGGCAAAAGUGCACGACCACUAUGUAUGAAAACUACCAAUAUGUCUAAAUUACCUGUGCACUAUUCUAACAAUAAAACAGCAUGGAUGACUGAAACAAAAUGGGAAAAUUGGUUGAAAUGGUUGGAUAGUCAAGUUAAUCAGCCAACUAUUCUCUUAGCUGAUAAUUGUACUGCACACUCAAGCCCCAGGUUGCAAAAUAUUAAGUUGGAAUUUUUGCCGCCACAUACCACAUCGGUUAUUCAACCAUGUGAUGCUGGGAUUAUUAAAAAUUUCAAAGCUAAUUAUCGUAAGCUAUUAGUAAAAAAAUGGAUUGAUGAUAUAGAAA